AUGGUGUCACGAACCCUCUUAGCAGCUCUCGUAGCUGGAGCUGCAGCUCAUCCAAUGAUCGAAGCCCGACAGAGUGCAGUCAAUCAAACCCUGGAGUCGUGGAUCCAACGUCAAUUCAAUAUCUCCCUGGAUUCAGCCAUCCUCAAUAUCGGAGGCGUCAAUGGAAAUGUUGUCGAGGCUGCCGGUACGGGAUAUGUUGUUGCAUCACCUUCCACGAUCAAUCCGGAUUACUUCUACACCUGGACUCGAGACUCCGCGCUGACCGAGUUGAUGAUCGUCGACGAACUCAUCUUCGGCACUGAGAGAGUAGGCAACAACUCAUUGCAAGUUGUUGUUGAGCAAUAUACACGAGCACAAGCCCGGCUCCAGACUGUCACCAACCCUUCCGGUGCUUUGUGGCCAGCUGGUCAAGGUCUAGGAGAACCAAAAUUCUACAGCAAUGGUACAAGAUUUAAUGGCGCAUGGGGCAGACCACAAAACGAUGGUCCCGCCCUACGAGCAUCAACUUUGAUGGAAAUUGCCGAGGCCAUAUUUCGUCGAAACCCUAAUGCCCCAACCAUCGUAUCAACUGUUUACUGGCCACUUAUUUACAAUGACCUUCUGUACGUCGGUCAGUACUGGAACACGAGCAGCUACGACCUCUGGGAAGAAGUGAACGGAAACUCGUUCUUUACAACCACUGCCCAACACAGAGCGCUUGUACAAGGUUCUAUCUGGGCUCAACGACUCAAUAAGACUUGCGAGCCAUGCGCUCAAGCUCCACAGAUCGCCUGCUUUCUAGAGAACAACUUUUGGAACGAGACUGGUAACUAUGUGCUCGCCAAUAUCAAUGCCAAUCAAGUCAACAGGUCCCAGAUCAAUUGUGAUCCCAUCUUGGCCGCGAUGCAUGCUUUUGAUAUCAAUGCUACGUGUGAUGCAGCUGCCCUACAGCCAUGCAAUUCCAAGACUUUGGCGACUCACAAGGUUUGGGUUGACUCUUUCCGCGACCUCUAUCCGGUCAACAACAAUGCGACAGCGCCAUCGCCAGUCCUGACCGGUCGCUAUCCUGAGGAUACAUAUUAUGGUGGUAACCCUUGGUACAUAACAACAGCAGCAGCAGCAGAAGUCCUCUAUGACGCACAUGCACAAUUCACCAAAGCAGGCAGAAUUACAGUGGAUCGCGUUUCCCUUCCUUUCUGGCAGGAUCUCGUUCCGCAGGUUAGGCAAGGCGUCUACCACAGCCCUGGCAAUGGCACUGCGUUGCUUGAUGCUGUAAAGACCUACGCCGAUGGCUUCCUGUCCGUAAUCCAGACAUAUACACCUGCUAAUGGUACCUUGAACGAGCAGAUCAACAGGACAACCGGCGAGCCAACAUCUGCCAUCGCAUUGACGUGGUCUUUCGCAGCACUUGUGACUGCAGUCGACCGACGAAAUGGUGAUUUCCCUCCAUCUUGGGGUGCCAACUCUACCACCGCCAACAACGUUUCAAACAUUUGCUCUUGGUCAGCGUACAACUCUACUACCAAGUAUGCUCCUGUCUUAGCUCUAGGAGCAUCUCCCGUCCCGACCCCUUGUGAGACUGAGGUCAUACUAAACCUACUUUACGCGACCGGACCAGGUGAAAACACCUACAUCGUGGGCAACACGUCGGUCUUCGGCAAUACUCUUAGCAACACAAGUGCCGUCAUUCAGGUCUUGAGAACCAACAAUGUUACCAAUGGUAACCCACAAUGGUUUGUACCGGCCUGGUUGCCUGCGGGCGUUCCUCUUGAGUACAAGUACGUCGUGCUUAACUCAACCGACAAUACCUAUAAAUUUGAGAAUGUGUCCCACUUCGCAUACCCGCCCGCCUGUGGGAACAAUACAGUUGUCUCGUACUUGGUCAAUGGUACAUCAUUGUAUACAUGA